AUGACUGCUUAUAGCAGUAACCAGUAACAGCCUAUCAUCCGGUAACCAAACUGAGAAUCACGCGCGGCUUUCUUAAAUUAAAAAAUGAAGCCUAAGACGGAUUUAUUGGCUGAGUCUGCGUGGAAACAGCUGCAGCAAUACUUCGAUAAUAAUGGCUCGAAAAUUAAUAUAUACGAUAUGUUCCAGCAGGAUCCUAAACGUUUCGAGAAAUUUAGUCUGGAGAUCUCUACUUCACAAGAUGGGCCAAUUUUAUUGGAUUAUUCCAAGAAUAAAAUUAAUGAAGAAGUACUUGGAUUAUUAUUUAAUUUGGCUCGUGCACGGGAAAUAGAAGCUGCAAGAAGUGCCAUGUUUAAUGGUGAAAAGAUAAAUUUCACAGAGAAUAGAGCAGUUCUGCAUAUUGCUUUGCGUAAUAGAAGUAAUACUUCCAUAUUAGUAGAUGGAAAAGAUAUAAUGCCUGAUGUUAAUGCAGUAUUGGAUCAUAUGAAAAACUUUACAAAUGAGGUAUUAACGAAACAAUGGAAAGGAUUUACUGGUAAACCUAUUGAAGAUGUUGUCAACAUCGGAAUUGGUGGCUCUGAUCUUGGUCCACUUAUGGUGACUGAAGCUUUAAAAGCAUACAGCAUUGGACCUAAAGUUCACUUUGUUAGCAAUAUAGAUGGUACUCAUAUAGCUGAAACUCUUAAAAAGUUAAAUCCAGAAACAACUUUAUUCAUAAUAGCUUCCAAGACAUUUACUACACAGGAAACGAUAACGAAUGCAACUACUGCCAAACUGUGGCUUUUAAAAACAUUAAAAGAUGAAGCUGCAGUAGCUUGCCAUUUUGUAGCACUAUCUACUAAUGAACAAAAAGUUAAAGAAUUUGGCAUUAAUGUGAAAAAUAUGUUUGGUUUUUGGGAUUGGGUUGGUGGACGUUACUCAUUGUGGUCAGCUAUUGGCUUAUCAAUUUGUUUGUCAAUUGGUUUUGAUAAUUUUGAAAAACUUUUAUGUGGUGCUCACUUUAUGGAUCAACACUUUUGCACAGCGUCAUUAGAGCAAAAUGUUCCUGUUAUAUUAGCUUUACUUGGCAUAUGGUAUCAUAACUUUUAUAAGGCUGAAACACAUGCAUUAUUACCAUAUGACCAAUAUUUACAUAGAUUUGCAGCUUACUUUCAGCAAGGUGAUAUGGAAAGUAACGGAAAGUAUAUUACUCGUUCUGGAAAACCCGUAAAUUAUUCCACUGGGCCAAUUGUAUGGGGAGAACCUGGCACUAAUGGACAACAUGCAUUCUAUCAAUUAUUGCACCAAGGUACAAGACUUGUACCAGCAGAUUUUAUAAUUCCUGUUCAAACUCAAAAUCAGAUUGCUCCACAUCACACGAUUUUGCUUGCCAACUUCUUUGCGCAAACUGAAGCUUUAAUGAAAGGCAAGAAUAAAAAUGAAGCUCGAGCUGAAUUGCAAAAAUCAGGAUUGAACGCUGAACAAAUAGAUUCAUUAUUACCACACAAAUUGUUUGAAGGAAACAGACCGACAAACAGCAUUGUAGUAAAAAAACUGACACCUUUUAUUCUUGGUGCUUUGAUUGCAAUGUAUGAACAUAAAAUCUUUGUGCAAGGUAUUAUUUGGGACAUCAAUUCAUAUGAUCAAUGGGGCGUGGAGUUGGGGAAACAGCUAGCUAAAGCCAUUGAACCAGAACUGGUUAGUGCAGAAAAUAUCACAACACAUGAUUCAUCGACUAAUGGUUUGAUAGCAUUUGCUAAACGUCACAGAGUCUAAAUAUACUUAUUUAGCUAUAUUCUUUGUUACAAGAUGUUUAAAAUAGAGACAACCGAACAUGAAUAAUUAUAUUCCAAGUUGUGUUAUUAGAAUUUAUGUAUAUACUUGAUAUAUACAGGGUGACCCAUUUUAACUUCCCCACCGGAUUAUCUUGAAAGGAAUGCAUUUUCUGAAAAAAAGUUUCGGAUAUAAGUUUUAGUAUUUUUCCCUGGCUAUUUAACGGCAAUAUUGAAUUUGACCUUGAGUGUGAAUGUGGAGGUCAUUUAAAGGUCAAGUUAAUUUUUUUAAAUGGGAACCACUAUUUUUUAUCGCAGAUUUGGAAAGAGCGGAAAAUUUCACGUCCGAAUAUGACCUUGAUAAUGAUCUACAGUUCAAUGUCAAGGUCGUUUCAAAGUGAAAGUUCCAGACGUCCAUUACGACAAAAUAUCACGGCGGGAUUGCUUUGUUUGGAAAAAUGUCAGAUGCAUAAGUUUCAGUAUUUCGAGUUGGCUUCCUGGUGGUGACCUUGAAAGUAACCUUGGAACCAAGAUUAGGGGUCAUUUGAAGGUCAAAAUAUUUUUCUUAAUGGAACCAACUAUCUUUGAAUCCGGGAUCGAAAAGAGCGGUAAAUUCUGCGUUCAAACAUAUC